AUGGAAGCCGUCAGUGAGCUGAAGCAGAUCCCCUCGGAGAUCGAGGUCAAGACUGCAGAAGAACCAGCUUUUACACCGGACCCGAAAAUGGAGAAGCAAGUUCUGCGCAGGCUUGAUGCGCUUGUCUUGCCUAUCAUUGCCAUGAUGUAUCUCCUAUCGUUCCUCGAUCGGUCAAAUAUUGGAAAUGCCAGAGUGGCUGGUCUUCAGAAAGAUCUUCAAAUGUCAGACUGGGCAUUCCAUGUAGCUGUCACCGUGACCUAUGUCCCAUACAUUUGCGCUGAAAUCCCCUCAAACCUUCUAAUUGCAAAAGUCGGGGCAAGGCGACUUAUCCCAGGCUUGUGCAUAUCUUGGGGCCUUGUUACCACACUCCAAUGCUUAGUCCAAAGUUUUGGGGGGCUUGUUGCCUGUCGAUUUUUCUUGGGCUUGUGCGAAGGUGGUCUGAUCCCUGGUAUCAUGGUCUACCUCGCUUCUUUCUAUCGACGUCAUGAGCUUCAGCUUCGCGUUUGCAUCUUCUUCGGAUUUUCCGCCCUUGCUGGAGCAUUCUCAGGCCUUCUGGCGGCCGCUAUUGUGAAUCUCCAUGGAGUAGGUGGCAUGGAAGGAUGGCGUUGGAUAUUUCUUCUGGAAGGGCUCUUCACCGUCGUUUUCGGCAUUGUGGCAUUAUUCUUGAUACCCAACAAUCCACGUCAGGUCCUCUCCUUCAAAGAACAUCAUGCCAAAUACUGCGAGAAAAGACUCAAGGCCGAUGUCAUCAGCAAUGAGGUUGAGUCGACCAAGUUCAAUUUGCAGAACUUCCUCUCUGCCUUCACCUCCUUACAUAUCUGGGCUCUUGUCCUCCUCCAGACGGCAGGAGGCAUGUUAUUCUUCGGCCUCGCUUAUUUCAUGCCCAGCAUUGUGGCUACCCUGGCGAGGUCAUUCACAGACACCCCCACCGUUGUUCAAAUCCAAUUGCUGACGGUUCCUCCAUUCGUUUUCGGAUUCGUGGGAUCUGUGGUGGUAGCAAUUGUCUCAGACAAAUAUCAAGCUCGGGGCUAUACAGCCCUUGUGAUGCAGCUCUUCUCGAUCGUCGGCUUCGCAGUGUUCUUGGGCACCUCUCCUACCCGUGGUCGAGUCAGAUAUGCGGCGAUUAAUCUGUUGAUCUUCGGCACCUACAGCGCGGCACCAUCAAUCCUAGUGUGGCCCCCAAAUAACGUGGCUCCAUACACAAAGCGGGCUACUGCGAUUGCAAUGACCUUCAUCGGCACCAAUCUUGGAGGACUGGCGUCUUCUUGGAUUUACCCAAGCUCCAGUGCUCCCGCAUUCAGGCUCGGAAGCAUACUCAACCUUACUUCCGCCUGCGUCUUGUGGUUUACAGUUGCCUUCCUCACUUAUUACUUCAAGCACGAGAAUACACUCAAGGUCAAGAAUCGCGAGCAGCUGUUGAGAGGAUUGGAGGAUAAGACAAUGCAUGAGCAAUAUGAGAUCUUGGGAGACAGACAUCCUGAUUUCAAAUAUACGCCCUGA